UAGCUCAAUUGUCUCACCACUAGCAAAGUGACGGCUUGUAAAUUGUUGGGAUUUAAAAUUUAAAAUUGUCUGCUGCACAGGGCAAGAUCCUAAACAUUGGUUACCUGAGAGCGCGGAUUUCCGCGAAGCGAGACGCGUUCACAGACAAGCAGACCGCAUCCCUUCGCAGAGCGCAUCCCUGUAAUGAAUAUAAGCCAGCGACGCACUUGAAAGACCAGCCAGACCAAUGGAGACCUCGGAAGCGGUGAAUACGUGUGAGGAGGGAGACCAGCUGAACGGCUCCUUCCGCCUGCAGUGCUCGAUGUCCUCCGUGGAUAUGGAGAGCGAGAGUGACCUCUCGCUGGCAUUCGAGCGCGAGGAGCAAAUACCGGAUGGCGGCUGCGACGAGCUGCCGGCCUUCGAGAUCCGCGCCUUCUCGCCGCAUGGACGCACCCCGUCGCCCAUCGACGAUCUCGAUCUGUCGGACAUCGAGACGCCCAAGCAGCCGCAGAGGCAGCAUCUCCUUCCGGAAGAGGAACCCCAGAACGAUCCUCAGUACGUUGCCCUACACGAGAUAAACGCCCAGAUCAGCCCGCCCAAUGACGCCGACGACUCCAACAGCUUGGAGACGAUCUUCGAGGGCGUUUUCCUGAGCACCCCGCCCCGCGAUAAAGCUUCCAGCUCGGGCAAUUCCCGAUUUACGCCCAAGCGCGGACGUGCAAAUCUCAUCGAGCUGAUGGCCAACCGGCUGCACGGCGGCAAGGAGAACCAGUCGCCGGGAGCGCGAGUCUCUGACCCGCAUUUACCCUCGCCACUCAAGGACCCCACCUAGUGACCGCAGUCCAGCCUUCCCAACCAAAGCCAUGGAGCCCUCGCUCAGACUGCCAUCGAUGUUCUAGAAUAAGUUACCAUUUACCUGAAUGUAUUGUUCACACCCAGCGGUCAGCAGGUGUACACCCAGAUGUGUAUCCUCGGCUGAUCCUUCAGUUUACCUAAGCUUCGUGUCACGCGUUUUCCGAUGUCAGGCUAAAAGAUUUUGUAGUGGUAAAUAAAGAUUGUCGUCUUUCCAUGUUUCAAACAUUAAACCAAGGUUAUGCUCUUCCCUGCCGGGCAGAUGGUCCAGGUAGGCAGAAGGAAGGUUUAUAUUGCUCAUAGAACAGACUGAUCAGCGGUACCUAGAACUAAACCAACCACUAUUGUAAACACUGGAAAGUUCGAUGGCUAAUUGACGGAUCUAGGCAUACAUUGCUACUACGUAAUUUGUAGUACAAAUUGAUUUUCGAAGCCAGUAUGUUUACAACAUAUUGUAGAAUGUUCGAUGUAACAGUUUG